CGUCAGUGAGCUCCAACACCCGGUAUGUCUCAGUAAGCAUCGGCUUAAAGUAAUGGGCCUGCCCAAGCUAAGCGAAUGGUCAUCGAUCAUGUCACAUUCAGCCCUGACCAUCUCCGCGUCUCGUCCACAAGAUCGAACACACACAAUGCGGACAAGAGUCUCGUGGAUCACCUUUUGAACGACGGCCCUGCUGAGCACAACGCCAAUUUCGUUCGAUAUGACAACGGUAAUGCGUCGACUAAGUAGUCAAGUGCAUGCCAGUCUAGCCACGAUUCAAGGUCGUGAGAGGCUCUGACCGCUAUUCGACACUGAUGUAAAUAACAGUGCUCGGACUUCCGCGUUGAUUGUAGACACACUUGAUUCUGUG